GAGAAUUUUUUUCUCCUAAUUGCCUCUCUACGUUUCCCGCCAACAUGGCAAAUAUGGCGGCGCUCGUGUAGUUUCCCGCCAAGGAACAGCUUUAGUAGAGCCAUUCUCGUAUGGCGCAGAUAACCGAUACUUGUGUUUAAUUUGUCCAUAUUAUUUUAAAGUAAUUGUUCAUAAUAUUCUCCGUGCAAAAUGGGAGAGUCGGAAGAUAUGGAGGAUUCAACUUAUAGUAGACAUCAAGAUUUAUGUCAGAAAUUAAAUAUGGAUGCAACUGCUGCUUCGGAAGCUUGGAGAUCUUACGAAACUAUUCGACAAAAUUAUACGUUAGAGGGUGAUCAGCUUCAUUGGAUAGGAUGUGCUUUAUAUGUGGCAUGCAGAAAAUCUUCUACACCUAUGGUUGGAAGAACAGGUAGUAGUGUAGAAGGAAAUUGUGUAUCUUUAACUCGGCUUCUACAAUUAUGCAAUCUACCAUUAAUACAGUUUUUUACAAAAAGCAAAUCUUGGGCAGACAUGGCUAACAUGUCUCAAGAUUUCCGAGAAAAAAUUGAGAAACUUGAAGGGAACUUUUCAGUUUCUAUGGUGAUUUUUAAAAAGUAUCAACCAAUUUUUACGGAUAUAUUUAAAGAUCCAUCUGAUGACAUUUCAAGACCAUCUAGAUCAAGAAGAAAUAAAACAUAUCCUUGUACACCAUCUAGAGUUUUUGAAUUUUGUUGGACAUUAUUUAUUUGUAUAAAAGGAGCAUUCCCUGAUAUUUCUGAUGAUUUAGUUAAUUCCUAUCAUUUACUUUUGGCUUGUUGCGAUCUUAUAUAUGCCAAUGCUUUGAUGGCAAAUAGAAAAGAUCUUCUAAAUCCUAAUUUUCCUGGUUUGCCAUCAAAUUUCAAUGAUGAAAAUUAUGUGCCACCGCAAAAUCCAAAUUGCAUUAUUAACUUGUUAUGUGAACGUCAUGAAGCUGUUUCUGUUGAAGCUAAAUGUAUCAAAGAAUAUCACUUGAAGAAUCAUGUUAAUAAAUUAUUUAAUGAGAGAAUUCUUCGUGGAGAUCAAUCAAAUUUUUCUGGCAUUUUAGAAGCUUUGAAUUUUGAUGGCAAUAGUAAAGCUGUCAAUAAAGCAUAUGAGCAACAUGUGUUGAGUGUUGGAGACUUUGAUGAAAGAAUAUUUCUAGCAGAGUGGAGGCGAGUGAGACUAGGCGGAAUAUCAAGCUUGGAAAUAGUUGGAGGAGAUAUUAUUUGUCGUACUAAAUUUGCAAAACCUAUGCCUGUAAAAGGUCAAGAUGCUGGUGAUAAUAUUGGUUCACCUGCACAGAGUAGUAGUAAUAGCGAUGUUCAUGAUCAAUUUCAAUCAAAACGAGAUCAUUAUGCAGGGCAAAUACAACAUCUAGCUCCUCCAACUCCAUUAACAGGUCGCAAAUAUCUCAAACCAAAGGAUGUAUCAAAUGUAACUCCAGUUUUUACUGCUACUCAAAGUGUAAUCCGUCUUCAGGCCAUGUUAGCUGGUCAAUCUUCACCAAGCACGAAUUUAUUACAAAUAUUCAAUAAUUGCACCCAAGAUGUCAGAACAUUUGUAACAACGAAAGUAAAAGAGAUAGGUGAAUUAUUUUGUGCCAAUUACACCAAAAGUUCAGAUACUAGUGAAAGUUCGACUCUAGAUUUUGGAAGGAAACGUCUUUAUUUAGGACAAACUCUCUUCUAUAAAUUUUUAGAGAUGAUUCUUAAUGAUGAAAAACGUAAAAAGCCUAAUUAUGAUAUUACGAAUUUACUUAUGAACGAAAGAUUUAUACGAUGUUUAUUUGCUUGCUGCUUAGAAAUAGUUAUUUACUCAUAUAAAAGUAACGAUAAGGUCUUUCCAUGGAUAUUGAAGGCCUUGGACUUAGAAGCUUAUUAUUUCUAUAAAGUUAUAGAAAUCAUAGUACGAGCAGAAGAACAAUUACCACGCGACGUUGUAAAGCAUUUAAGUCAAAUAGAAGAAAGAAUAUUAGAAGCCCUAGCUUGGCAAAAAAAUAGUCCAUUAUGGCAGGCCAUUGAAUCUACCAUCGGUGAAGUACCUAGUUGUGAAGAUGUUUCUCUACCUGGUACGUUAGAAACAGUUGAUCCAAAUACUGCGGGGCAACCAGUGCUAAGAAGAAUUGCUUUGGAUCGUGGACACCACCAUGAUAUACAACAAAGUCCAAUUUCUUCUGCAUCUGAGAGAUUUCAAUCGCCAAUAACGGCAUCUGGCAUAGCUAAAAAACGUUUAUUUCCUGAUACCAGAACUAGUGGGCAGAGUGUUUUACGUGUUUCUUCUAAAGUCGUAUUUGAUGGUAAUUCAAGAAUACUUCUAGCAUUACCUGAUCAACUUACGGUGCCAAGGACAUCUACUUCACAGACAACAACUAAUUUAUCACAAAUCACACCAGCUACUAGGGAAGUUGGAAAACCAAAAAAAACCGGCUCCGUUGCGUUAUUCUUUAGAAAAUUCUAUAAUCUCGCAUGUGUACGUAUGCAGGAUCUCUGUAAUUCCUUAGAUAUUACAGAUGUAGAUUUACAGAAAAAAAUAUGGACAAUCUUUGAAUAUUCGAUAAAGGAGCGCACAGAGUUAAUGAGAGAUCGACACCUCGAUCAAAUUCUUAUGUGUGCAGUUUAUGUGAUAUGUAAAUUAGUUAAAAUGGAGAAAAAUUCUUUUACCGAAAUUAUGCGAUGUUAUCGUUUACAACCGCAAGCAGAGUCUCACAUAUAUAGGUCAGUACUUAUUUGUAAGGGACCCCAAGAAAUAAGAUCAAAUAUUGAAGCAUCAGGAAGUAAUGAAGUUCCAACCGAUGAGGAAGCUAAUGUGGCACCUCCGACACCAACAAAUAUGGCAGGAACAUCGCAAGAUUUUGGAACAGAAAGACGUGGAGAUCUAAUUAAAUUCUAUAAUACAGUAUAUGUGCCGCAAGUUAAGGAAGUUGCAAAUAAAUUAGGAUUGGCACGUGGAAGUACUCAAACUCUUACUCUAAGCCCAUUACCUAAAAGUAAAGUUCGUGCUAAUUCUCCAGUAAGACGUGUUACAGACAGUAUUUCGACACGUACGCUUGAUCCAAAAGCAAUCAGUGCAUCACCCGCGCCACAAUUAAGCUAUUGUUUUAGUCGCAGUCCGGCUAAGGACUUAGAAGCUAUUAAUAAAAUGAUGAUUUCUGUGAGUGCAAAAAAAAGCGUCGGGAAACGACUUUUGUCAGACGAUACUACUGAUGUAGAAAUGGUAGAGGGACCCUCUCCGAUAAAAAAGUCAACGACUGUUGUCAGAAAACUAGAAAACAUUAUGGACGAGCGUCGUACAAAAAACCAAUAAUUCGUUUAGUUCGAAAUAAUCUUUACAAUUUAAGUGAGAGUAUACAAAGUGAAAAUUCGAAGAGAAGUUUUUUUGUAAAAUUUUAUUUUUAUAGAUUAAGUUAAAAUAUCGGAGAUAUUACGAUUAACAGAUCUAUUGUCUUUUUUUUCUUUUUUUUUUCUUUUUUCUUUUUUUUUUUUUUUUUUUUUUUGGAUCUGAUAUUGUGACUUCUGUUAAUCAAUCUUGAAAAAUCUAUGAACAAAGAAAAAAAGAAUGAACGUCAGAUAUAUGCAUCAGCAACGUAACACAUAUGUCAUAUAUUGGUUUUAAGAAAGAUAAGUGUCACUUGUCACUAUCAAAUUAAAGCUAUUAAAGAAGGUGCAAUAGUAGUUACUGCUAUACCAAUACAGAGAAGAUCGAAAUGCAAUAUCUGUUUUUGGCUAUGUAGCAUGAAAUAAAUUCUAAUUAUUCUUUUGUCAGAUAGUAUCAUCAGGAAUAAAAACAAAAGUUUUUCAAUCUAACGUAUGGAAUUUUUUUUUUAUUCUUUUUUUUUUAUUCUUUUUUUUUUUUUUUUUCAACUUUAACAAACUUUUCAAUUUUGCAUGUUACGCAAAGUACAGUUCGUACAUUCAUCAUAUAUGAAAUUUUUUUAAAUAGAACUAUUGCUAUUAAUUUUGAAUGUGCAUAGUUCAUUAAACGAUUGUGUUAAUUACACAAUUAUGAUUUUUAAGAUAUUUUCUAUUUCACAAAAUAUUGUAGUUGCGCCCUUAGCAUUUUAUAAUAAUUUUAGGAAAAUAUCAUCUUCAUCUCUGUAUUGAUAUCAAAAAAGAUGCAUGCUAUCAUUCAUAGUAAUAGAAAAACUAAUAACUCUUGCUUGUUAAAAAUCAAGUAAGAAUGAAAAUAUUUUUCUACAGAAAUUGCGAUAUAUUAUUAUUCGACAAAUUAUGUUGUUAUGUGACUUCUCAUCGAUAUCAAAAAUUAGUAUAAAUAGGGCUUUGUCAUUUACAUCUCAUAAUAGUCAUUACUUGUUAUUGUCAAUAUUAUUGACUAAUUAUACUUUGACUGAACAAUUUGUUAUCUUUACUUAGAUAAACGUCGUACAUCUAAAUUUAUAUAACUGUUACUUGCUUUAGCUAUGUAAAAUUGUAAUAUUAAUUUUACCAAAAUAUUUGAGCAUAUCAAGAGUAAGACAAAUCAAGUUAUAUAUAUAUAUAUAACACACAUGUAUGUAUGUGUAUGUUGCAUGUAUGUAUGUAUCUGCUACGUACGUAUGACAUCUGUAUCUUUGCUGCUCUGGUAUGUAUGUGUGUAUGUGUGGGUGUGUUGAUAUAUAUAUAUAUAUAUAUAUAUAUAUAUAUAUAUAAUUUGACUAAUUACAUUUAUUUUCUUUUAGGCGUAAGUAUCAAUUUAAAUUGAUUAUUUCAGAAUUAAAGAAUUAUAAUUUUUACUACCAAUGUACUUUCAGUUUGGAGUGUCGUAAGUUAGAUAAUUAUUAUGUGUACUAUGAAAUUUAGUCUAUUUUGUCGAUUAAACUCCAAGCGGUUUUUCAUUUUUUUUUUUUUUUUUUUUUUUUAAUUUUAUUUAGUUCUAAGCAAUUUCAAAUUUGACAACUUGAUCUCAUGAGCCUGUCAUUUAAUAUUAAAUAUAAGGUAUAUAGAACGCAAGUUGUAAGAUACAAAAGAUUAACUAAAAUUGUAAAAAAUCAUUUCUUCACCUAUGAAAAAAAUUUGUAAUUUAAGUUAGAAAUGAAAUGCUUUCAUUUGAGAAUAAUGUUUAAUUUUUAGUAAAACAAAUUUUUAAUAUGCGCAAUGACUAUUCAAUGUAUGUAAUCUUAGGAGAGUGAAAGUACUAUCUGGAAACAAAUAUUAACGUGCGAGUUACUUUCUGUCAUUUCUGGUAUAGUUUCUAUUUACAAGCUUUGAGAAUGAAAAAAAA